GAAUUCUGAGCUAAAAUAACUCAAUCUAAUCCAACACAUAUCUGAGCAGCCCUUAUGUAGAGGUAGCAGCUCAAUCAAUAAAGUUUUCACUAUGAGUGAAAUUUUAAAAAAGACAGGACAUUAAUAAUAAACUGCCUAUAACAGAUAGAGAUUGAAAAAAAUAGAGAUCAUUUCAAAAACUAAAGUCCCCUUGAAAUGUCCACCUAAUAUAGCCAAUCCUCAAUUGUGUGGCCGUUAGGAACUCGUAAGCCAAAUCCACACAAAUUUUCAUACACUCACUUUAGCCAUACACAUCAUACAAGUAAACAUCAACUUUGUGCUAUAAAACUUAUCACUUCCCUUACUAUCUUCACCAAACCAACUAUUGAAUUUUUUUCUAAACAAAUUACAAACAGAGUUUUCAGAUCUUUUUUUUUGGUGAGUCCUUAGAGUUGGUCAAAGACCAUGGCUACCUCUGUCUCAACCAUUGGAGCUGUCAACAAGUUGAGUUUGAACAACUCUGUUGCUGGAACUUCAGUUCCAACCACUUCCUUCUUUGGCAAAACCUUGAAGAAAGUGAACAACAAAGUUUCCAGCCUCAAGGUCUCAAACAAGAGCUUGAGGAUUGUUGCUCAAGAAAAAGAAAUCGGCAAGAAGAAACAGACCGAGGAGGACAGAUGGAAGGGACUUGGUACUGACGUGUCCGAUGAUCAACAGGACAUCGCAAGGGGUAAGGGUAUGGUCGACUCGCUUUUCCAGGCUCCUACCGGUACUGGUACUCACCACGCCAUUAUGAAUUCCUACGAAUACAUCAGCCAAGGUCUUCGCCAAUACAACUUGGACAACAAGUUGGACGGAUUCUACAUCGCUCCUGCUUUCAUGGACAAGCUUGUUGUUCACAUCACCAAGAACUUUUUGAAAUUGCCCAACAUCAAGGUUCCACUCAUUUUAGGUGUCUGGGGAGGAAAAGGUCAAGGUAAAUCAUUCCAAUGUGAGCUUGUCUUCAGAAAGAUGGGAAUCAACCCCAUUAUGAUGAGUGCCGGAGAAUUGGAAAGUGGAAAUGCUGGAGAGCCAGCCAAAUUGAUUAGGCAAAGGUACAGAGAGGCUGCCGAAAUCAUCAGAAAGGGAAACAUGUGUGUGCUCUUCAUCAACGAUCUUGAUGCAGGAGCCGGUAGAAUGGGUGGAACUACCCAAUACACUGUCAACAACCAGAUGGUCAAUGCCACUCUCAUGAACAUAGCUGACAACCCGACAAAUGUCCAGCUCCCCGGUAUGUACAACAAACAAGAGAAUGCCAGGGUCCCUAUUGUUGUCACUGGUAACGAUUUCUCCACAUUGUAUGCACCUCUUAUCCGUGAUGGUCGUAUGGAGAAGUUCUACUGGGCACCAACUAGGGAGGACAGAAUUGGUGUUUGUACAGGUAUUUUCAGAACUGACAAUGUUCCUCAGGAAGACAUUGUCAAGAUUGUCGAUAGCUUCCCUGGACAAUCUAUUGACUUUUUCGGUGCACUGAGGGCGAGAGUAUACGAUGAUGAAGUGAGGAAGUGGGUUUUAGGCACUGGACUUGAACAGGUUGGAGAGAAACUUUUGAACUCUAGGGACGGACCACCCACUUUUGAGCAACCAAAGAUGACCCUCGAGAAGCUCCUCGAGUACGGUAACAUGCUUGUCAGAGAACAAGAGAAUGUUAAGAGAGUUCAAUUGGCUGACAAGUACCUCAAAGAGGCUGCACUUGGUGAUGCCAAUGCCGAUUCCAUCAACAAUGGAUCCUUCUUUGCUAGCUAGAAAUCUUCGUCGACUUAAAGCCUAAAACAAGAGGAAAAGAAGAACAGUAUGUUGAUCUUCCUGUUGCUGAAGGCUCUACUUUCGAAAUUUUAAGGGAGCGCUUUUGGGAGUAGCUAUUUGAUAUGACCAGAAUUGUGUAUUUAUGAAGUCAGUUCUGUUUUGUCAAAUACAAGAUUUGGCUGAGCUUUUUUGUAUCAUUUGUGUCAUGCUAUAUGUAAUCAAACUUCUUGAAUUUGAAUUUCAAGUUUUUUGUUUA